AUCUUUAAUCUAAUCUACUUUCUAAUUCAUUUUGUGUACCACAGGAAAAGAUAACAAUAAUGAGAACAUAUGAGAGAUAUUGGUGGUGGGUUAAGGAGAAGAAGCAGAUGGCUUUGGUGCUGUUCAUGAUAGUAACAGUGAUGCUUCAACUCCAGAUGAAAGGAUGUGUGGGUUGUCUGGAAACUGAACGGAUGGGUCUUCUGCAACUCAAAUCGUAUCUCAAGAAUGAUUUUGAAGUAGAAGAAGAAAGCAUGAUGAAAUCAUGGAGUCAUGAGGAUCCUAGCAGUGAUUGCUGCCAAUGGGAAAGGGUAAAGUGUAGUGACGCUACCGGUGGCCACGUAGUCCACCUCUCGCUUGAUAGUCUCGAACGCUACUAUGAGUUAAAAGACCAUUCUCUAAAUCUGUCUUUGCUUCAUAGCUUCCCUCGACUCCAAAGUCUUAACUUUUCAUUCAAUUGGUUCAGUGACUUGUUUGAUCCCAUCAAUGGUCAUAAGAGCUUUCAGAAACUGGAAAAGCUGAGGACCCUGGAUUUCUUAGACAAUCGUCUCAACAACAGUGUUUUCACUUUUCUAAGUGAAGCAAGGUCGCUCAGGACUCUAAACCUUAGUUACAAUUUACUGGAUGGUGUCUUUCCUCCUAAUGGCCUAGAAAAUCUUGUAGAGUUAGAAGUCUUGAGCUUGGCAGGAAAUACAUUCAACCACGCUAAAUUUAUUCAAGGUGCACUUCUUCCUUCAUCUUUACACGUAUUGAAUCUUGCAAGAAAUCAAUUAUCAUUGACCCCAAAAGGCUACUUGGAGAUUUGCGCAUUACUGAAUCUUAGAGAGCUGGAUUUAAGCUUCAAUGCUUUGACAAAUACUCCUUAUUGUCUGGCUAACUUAAGCCGUCUUCGAACUCUUGAACUAUCCGAAAACCAAAUCAGUGGAGACCUGUCUUCCUUUGUACCUGGUCUACCAUCAACGCUCGAGUACUUGUCCCUUUUUGAUAAUGACUUCAACGGUUCGUUCUGGUUCAGUUCACUUGUUAAUCAUACAAGACUCACAGUAUUCAAACUGUCAUCGAAAGUUGGUAAGAUCCAAGCUCAGGAUGAGAGCUCCUGGCUUCCACCGUUUCAGUUGAAGAUGCUGAAGCUAAAGCGAUUCGAUCUUGGCAGCGCAAUCCCUAGCUUUCUUGCUCAUCAACAUGACUUGCGCUUCAUUCAUAUUAGUUAUAGCCAGUUGACAGGACCUUUUCCGGGUUGGCUUGUGCAGAAUAAUACAAAGCUCGAGGCUAUUAUACUGAACAACAAUUUUUUGACAGAGUUUCGACUACCUACGCUUGUCCAUGGCAUACAAGUUCUUGAUAUCUCGAGUAACAGGAUAUACGGUUCACUUCCAAAAGACAUAGGGGUUGUUUUUCCACAUCUGAAGUAUAUAAAUUUUUCUUCAAAUCAUAAUCAUGGAACCAUUCCAUCUUCUAUGGGCGAGAUGAGAAGUCUAGAACUCUUGGACAUGUCCUAUAAUCGUCUAUAUGGUCAGCUACCCAAAACGUUUUUACGUGGUUGCUACUCGCUGAUGAUGCUGAGGCUCUCCAAUAACCAACUCCAGGGGAAAGUAUUUCCGAGACAUGCAAAUCUUACUAGUUUAGUUUUGUUGUAUCUUGAUGGAAACAGUUUUGAUGGGAGUCUCGGAAAAGGUUUGUUGAACUCAAAGCGUCUAGAUCUGUUGGACAUAUCAGAUAAUAGGUUUUCCGGCACAAUUCCAUUUUGGAUUGGUAAAAUGUCAGACCUAACACAUCUAUACAUGAAGGGUAAUAAGCUAAAAGGUCCUUUGCCUCAUCAACUUCAAAAUCUACAACUUCAGGUAGUAGACAUAUCAAACAAUAGCUUUUCUGGUUCCAUUCCAGAGAAUAUUGCUGUUUCAUGGCUCAGAGACUUAAGACUACAUAGCAACCAGUUUGUGGGCUCAGUUCCGAGCUAUUUAUUCAAGUCUGAGGAAUUACAGUUGCUCGAUCUGCGGCACAACAAUCUUUCUGGUAUGAGUCUGGAUACUAUUGGAAAGACAUCUAACUUACGUGUUCUUCUUCUAAGGAAUAAUAGCUUCCGGACUCAUAUCCCUGAUAUGAUAUGUCAGCUAAGUAAUGUUGGUCUCUUGGACUUGUCUCACAACAAAUUCAAAGGCGCCAUACCCUCAUGUUUUGGUAAAAUGUCUUUUGGUGCCCAAACAUACGACAGUAUGUUCAGUCUGUAUGAUUACUCACUAGAAUUCUCAUUCUUUCAAAGUUGGAGUUAUACAUCAGCUCUUUACCUUGUUGAUACCGUAGUACAGAUUAGCCUUCAGACAACACCAAAAACUACAGUGAACUUUUUAUCUAAAAGCAGAUAUGAAACAUAUGCAGGUAAUAUUCUUCAAGAUAUGUAUGGUCUGGAUUUGUCAAGCAACCAAUUAUCCGGUGAGAUUCCAGUUGAAGUUUGGGAUCUUAAGAACAUCAUAUCCUUGAAUUUUUCAAGCAACCGCCUCAUCGGCUCCAUACCAGGUAGCAUUUCAAAUCUGAAGAAUUUGGAGAGUUUGGAUUUAUCCAACAAUAAGCUACAUGGAAACAUCCCUCCUCAGCUAGCCGAUCUCAACAAUUUAGGAGACUUCAAUGUCUCAUAUAACAAUCUAUCUGGUGAAAUCCCUUUCAAAGCCCAUCUUGUGACCUUUGAGGCAACAAGUUACAUAGGCAAUCCUCAUCUAUGUGGACGUCCUACCAAUAAAAGUUGCAACCUCGAGGGAGCCACCGAGCCAAGUGCAUCAAAGCGGGCCAAAGAGGAAGAAGAAGAGGGUGAUGGUGUGAUGGAUAUGGUGUGGUUUUAUUGGACCUGUGGUUCAGUCUACAUCUCCACAUGGUUGGCCUUGUUUGCGUUUCUAUGCAUAGACUCACGUUGGUCCCGUGAAUGGUUUUAUCGUGUCGAUCUCGUGGUUCAUCAUCUUCAACGCUUCAAGGAUGGCUGCAACUGAGCCUAAGGUUGAUUCAGACGCUAGGAUUUGACAAUACAAUGGCGAAUAGAUUAGACAAUGAGUAUGAUUACUUGUUCAAGAUCGUCCUAAUCGGCGACUCAGGUGUUGGCAAAUCCAACAUUCUCUCCAGAUUCACCAGAAACGAGUUCUGUCUCGAAUCCAAAUCCACCAUCGGCGUUGAAUUCGCGACCAGGACAUUAC